AUGGCUUUUUUGAGGUCUGAAUUUGAAAAUGCACCAAAACAGCUCUUAUGGGAGAAUGAUUUGGAUAGCAUGAUGUUUAACAAUUUAAAAGAUCUCCAUUUCUUCUUCUUCUUCUUCUUCUUCUUCAAAUUCACCCUCUUCACUGCAAAUUUACUUCUAAAAAUUCCCCUUUUAAUUUUCUUCCAUUUUCAACUACUCAAUUACCUCUGGCCGAAAUUGGCUAUUGACGGCGAUGGGAAUGGGCGCCGUCGGCUCAGGGGGUGGCGAUUUGGGGUGGUGUCGGAGAGGUGGCGUUCUGCCUCCCCGUCAAGGUGCGGUCGUUUCUUCGCGGCUGCGACGGCGAGGACAGCUGGAGAUCGAUCGCCGACGCUAGGGUUGCAGCGGAUCGCGACUUUCCUCGACCUGGUGCGGCUGAGACUUGUGGCAUCUCGAACGGCUCUCCGGCGCGGUGCUGUUCGUAUGCGGGGCCAUCGCCGGUGGUCUCGUCAACGGGAGAAAAGUGUUCGCGAUGGCUGCUCGGAGGCUAUCUCAAACAAAUUUACCCGGUUACGGAAGACGUUCGAUACUUUUGAGAUGAGGAUUUUUGUACUACUACUUGUUCUUGUGCAACAUGAGAUUCAAGCAAAAGAGUUUAUCCUGCCUCCGAGCAAUCACGAGACCGAACCAAACGCGCCCUUACCGGAAUUCGCCAGAAAAGGAACCUCAAUCAGGCUACAUUUUGCCAGGUAUUCAUCAAGAAACAAGAUUGUGUCGGAAAAUAAGCGACUUGUGCCAACCGGGUCAAACCCUUUGCACAACAAGUGA